ACGCUUCAGUCAACAUAAAAGGAUUAGCUCACCAAAGUGCUAGCCGAGCUAGCAUUGGAGGGAUAAGUUGCAGGUUGUCACACAAAAGACCAACUUCAUUUAGAGUACAACCAUGUCUGAUCCGAGUUGCUGGACUGCUGUGAGCAGUAACAAGUCUCGUUUUACGACUGGUGCAAUGCUGAAACGAUCAAAAAGUUGCCGUAGCAGCAACAGGAAAAGCCUCGGUGUUGGAACUCCGUCUCCAACUUUAUCCCGACCCCUGUCCCCUCUUUCUGUACACACAGCUGCGAGUAGCCCCUUGGACAGCCCUAGAAAUGUGUCGGCCAGUUCUUCUCUCAACUUCCCCUUUGCUCGCAGAGCGGAGGGGAGGAGAUGGUCCCUGGCCUCUUUGCCUUCGUCUGGUUACGGCACCAACCCGCCUAGCUCCACCGUCUCUUCUUCCAACUCGUCUCAGGAGCGACUGCACCAGCUCCCCUUCCAGCCCACUCAGGACGAACUGCACUUCCUCUUCAAACACUUCCGCAGCUCCGAGAGCGUGACGGACGAGGAUGGACGACCCUCGCCGUGUGUCCGGCCGCGCUCCCGCAGCCUCAGCCCUGGACGGACAAGUGGAUCGUUUGACAACGAGAUCAUAAUGAUGAACCAUGUUUAUAAAGAGAGAUUUCCCAAGGCCACAGCUCAGAUGGAGGAGAGGCUGUUGGACAUUGUGACGCACUGUUCUCCCGACAGCACGCUGCCUCUGAGCGACGGAGUCCUGGGUUUCAUCCACCACCAGCUGGUGGAGCUAGCCAGAGACUGCCUCGACAAGUCCCAGAAAGGCCUCAUCACCUCCCGCUACUUUCUGGAGCUUCAGGAGAAACUGGAGAAGCUGCUGCAUGAGGCUUUUGAGAGAUCUGAGAGUGAAGAGGUGACGGUCAUAACCCAACUCGUGAGGAAGAUUCUCAUCAUCAUCUCAAGGCCCGCCAGGCUCCUGGAGUGUCUGGAGUUUGACCCAGAGGAAUUCUACCACCUCCUAGAGGCCGCGGAGGGUCACGCCAAGGUAGGCCAGGGCAUCAAAACAGACAUUCCCCGUUACAUCAUCAGCCAGCUGGGCCUGAACCGGGACCCUCUCAACGAGAUGGUCCAGUUAGAAGAACACUACGAUUCUGGCCCUACACUAACAGUGGAGUCUGAGGACCAGUCAGAGCAGCAGAACAGAGCCUUGCUCACGCCACCACGGAGGAAACCGCUGGAGAGUGACUUCGAGACCAUUAAACUCAUCAGCAACGGGGCCUAUGGAGCGGUGUACCUGGUCAGGCAUAAAGAGACCCGUCAGCGCUUCGCCAUGAAGAAGAUCAACCGUCAGAACCUGAUCCUGAGGAACCAGAUCCAGCAGGUGUUUGUGGAGAGGGACAUUCUCACCUUCGCCGAAAACCCGUUCGUUGUCAGCAUGUUCUGCUCGUUUGAGACCCGACGCCACCUCUGCAUGGUCAUGGAGUAUGUGGAAGGAGGAGACUGUGCUAACCUGUUGAAGAACAUGGGUCCACUGCCCGUGGAUAUGGCCCGAAUGUACUUUGCCGAGACCGUCCUGGCUUUGGAAUAUCUCCAUAACUACGGCAUCGUCCAUAGAGACCUCAAACCAGACAACCUCUUAAUCACCUCCAUGGGCCACAUUAAGCUGACUGACUUCGGUCUGUCUAAAAUCGGCCUGAUGAACAUGACCACCAACCUGUACGAGGGCCAUGCGGAGAAGGACACCAGGGAGUUUAUCGACAAACAGGUGUGCGGCACGCCCGAGUACAUCGCCCCCGAGGUGAUUCUGCGACAGGGCUACGGGAAACCCGUGGACUGGUGGGCCAUGGGAAUCAUCCUGUACGAGUUCCUGGUGGGAUGCGUGCCGUUUUUCGGGGACACGCCCGAAGAGCUGUUCGGACAGGUGGUCAGUGACGAGAUCGUGUGGCCGGAGGGGGACGACGCCCUGCCCGUCGACGCCCAGGACCUGAUAACACGUCUGCUGAGACAGAGCCCACUGGAGCGACUGGGGACAGGUGGAGCAGGGGAGGUGAAGCAGCACAGUUUCUUCAGCCGACUGGACUGGAACAGCCUCCUGAGGCAGAAAGCCGAGUUCAUCCCCCAGCUGGAGGCGGAGGACGACACCAGUUACUUCGACACUCGUUCGGAUCGUUACCAUCAUCUCGGCUCCGAUGAAGAUGACGAAACUAACGACGAUGAGUCUUCCCUGGAAAUCCGACAGUUUUCCUCUUGGUCAAACCGCUUCAGCAAGGUGUAUAGCAGUUCUGAGUACCUGGCCACGCCCUCCAAUCUGAGCUUCUCCUCAGAUCGCAGCCACAGCGAGGAGAAGGAGGAGCCAGGAGACGGAGGGGGGGAGGGGCCAAGCGGCUACUCCCCUGCGGCGAUUCGUCGUCAGAGCAGCACGGGCGCCGUUGACAGGAGACACUCCGGACAGAGAGCAAGCCUGCGUGGUCGUACAGCUUCCAGUUCAUCCCAGUCUGAACGCAGCGCCAGUCCGCUGGUCAUCUCCAGCACACACAGCCUGGAAACCAUGCCACGUUUCACACUGUCUACUGACGAUGAGGCUGAAGUGGUGGUCUCCAACUUGCACCGAAUCCGACUGCGUAGCAACAGCACGGGAGCCAAACACUCGUCGCCUAGGGAACAUGGGGGAUCUCGUCGCUUUGGCAACCAGCUGGAGACUCCUGACAAACAGCGGCUCUCCUCCGGUGGCAAAGUGCCCAAGUCAGCAUCCGUCUCUGCGCUCUCUCUCAUCAUCACCGCAGAUGACGGCGCCCUGCAGGCCAGCCCCAUCUCCCCUCAUUCCCUGUCGUCCAACCCGUCGUCGAGGGACUCCUCUCCGAGUCGGGACCUGUCUCUGUCCGUGAGCAGUCUACGCCCCCCCAUCAUCAUCCACAGCUCAGGGAAGAAGUACGGCUUCACGCUGCAGGCCAUCCGCGUGUACCUGGGCGACACUGACGUCUACACCGUACAUCACGUCGUCUCUAGUGUGGAGGAGGGAAGCCCUGCCCACGAGGCGGGGCUAAGAGCCGGUGACCUCAUCACUCACGUUAAUGGAGAAUCUGUGCAGGGCCUGGUUCACAUGGAGAUGAUGGAGUUGCUGCUGAAGAGCGGGAACAAGGUGGCGCUACAGACCACGCCUCUGGAGAACACGUCCAUUAAGGUGGGCCCGGCGCGGAAGAGCAGCUGUAAGGGGAAGAUGGCACGCCGCAGUAAGAAGGCCAGGAGGAGGGAGAACCAGGACCGGCGGAGGAGUGUGUUGAAGAAGCUGUCGAAGCAGAGUACAGUGAUGCAGAGCACGGUCCUGCACAGCAGUCGCAGUUUCUCCUCUGGCCUCCAUCACUCUGUGUCCUCCAGUGAGAGUUUACCUGGCUCCCCCACACACAGCCUCUCACCUGGGCCUUCCACACCCUGCUGCAGCCCCGCGCCGGACCAGCCCACAGAUUCUGCCUCUCCUCAGAGCACCUCCCCAUGUACCAGUUCUCCCAGUUCACCAGCCACACACAUCCGGCCCAGCUCGCUGCACGGACUGGGGCCCAAACUGGGCAGCCAGCGUUUUGCUAAAGUGGGCCGUCGUAAAUCCACCAGCAGCAUUCCGCCCUCUCCUUUAGCCUGCACCUCCUCCGCCCAGCCCCUCUCUCCUCAGCGCUCCCCCUCUCCGCUCCCCAGCAUCGCCAAAACGCUCCACUCCUUCCACGGCAAAACCCUGUCCCCCCCCACCAUCGUACGCCACGUGGUUCGCCCCCGCAGCGCCGAUCCCCCCCGCUCCCCGCUCCUCAAGCGCGUGCAGUCGGCGGAGAAACUUUCCGGAAGCCUCCACGGAGAGAAGAAGAGCUACACCCCCCGCAGACACACGCUGGAGGUGCCUCACUGCGAGGUGGAGGUGGUGGUGGGGGAGAGCGAGGGGGAGGAGCCGGGCCGGGUGGGCGGGUACCUGGGCGCCCAGCGCGUCCGCGACUGGCCGAGCGAGAGGGCGGAGCAGAUCGUGGUGAUGCGGAAGCUGAACCUGUCGGAGCGACGCGACUCCUUUAAGAAGCAGGAGGCGGUGCAGGAGGUCAGCUUCGACGAGCCGGACGAAAAGGCCGCGCCGGGUCCUGCCGCCGCUCCCGUGACCUCCACGACGACCUCUGCCAUGACCUCAGGUUGGGGGUCACAGCAAGCAGGUUGGGGGUCACAGCAAGGAGGCUCGGGAGAGGAGUCCGUGGUUCGCCGUUGCCCCCUCGUACCCCAAAUUGCUGUGCAGGGGUCGGAGAGCGAGGAAAUGGAUGACUGGGAGCCCUGUUCUGACGAUGAAGAUGAGGAAGAAGAGCAGGAAGGUCAUCAGGAAGAUCCGCCCACAGGGACGCCCAGGAAGGAGGAGACUCGGGCUGAAAAGGACUCCAGCAGGACAGAGAAAGGCGGGGCUGACUCACACGGGCCCACUGCUCAUUGGUCAGUCUCCAACCAAUCAGCAAGUUCCAGUCCAGUCAAAGGGACAAAAGACAAAUAAAAAAAAAAAAGAAAAAGAAAAACACAGGCAUUUUACACAGGUUAUUGUUUUGGCCUAAUGAUGUAGUUGAUCAUAUCGUUAAUGCAGCCAGCUCAACUUGUACGGUGGACAAAGCAUCCUUAUUGGUCAGUAUCCAAACUGAGACUCAGUGGAAAUGUAGGUUUUUUUUUGUGUGUGUGUGUUUAUGUGUAAAUAUGAGAAAUGAAGGGAAACGUGAU